AUGGACGGAGACGCCACUCUUGGCAGAGGCCAAGUAUUCUCAGGCCAAAAUUAUAAAAAAGGAGCCCGAAUCUGGCACCGACACCCUCAUCUCGUAUGGAUCGGUGGUGUUCUCGAAGAGGAUAUCAGUUUUCAGACGAGACAAGUCAGAUUGAAGUUGGAGGAUGAUACGACAGUGGAGUACGACAUCACCUCCCUGGAGCAACUUCCAUUCCUCCGAAACCCCGCUUUCCUCGUCGGAAAAGAUGAUCUCACGUUGCUCUCGUAUCUUCACGAACCGGCGGUUCUCCACAAUCUUCAAGUCCGUUUCGUGAAUAGUCAAUCGAUAUACACUUACUGUGGAAUAGUGCUAGUCGCAAUCAAUCCAUACGCAGAUUGUUCUCAUAUCUACCGAGAGGAGAUUAUUCAAGUAUAUCAAGGCGCCGGGGGAGAGGAGGCUCAUUUCGAUAUGGGUGCAUUUGGAAAGAGUCAAUCGAUUAUUGUGAGUGGAGAAUCUGGAGCUGGAAAGACGGUUUCAGCCAAGUUUGUGAUGAGAUACCUGGCUUCGGUGGCGGCGAGUCGAUCGAGAAGUGAUCAGGGACGGACGACAAUCGAAGCGAGAGUUUUGGCUAGUAAUCCAAUUAUGGAAUCUAUUGGAAAUGUCAAGACUAUCAGAAACGACAACUCCUCACGGUUCGGAACAUUCAUCCAAAUCAAUUUCUGCGAACGUGGCCGUCGAAUCAUCGGAGCCGAAAUGAAGACGUACCUUCUGGAGAAGAGUCGUCUAGUGUUCCAAGCAGGCGGCGAGCGAAAUUAUCACGUUUUCUAUCAGAUGUGCGCCGCCCGAAAUCAUCCGGUACUCAAAGAUCUUCAUCUGGGACCCUGUGAAGCUUACGGAUACUUGACUCAAGGAGGAGACAGUCGGAUUCCUGGAGUUGACGAUCGUGCGGAUUUCGAGGAACUUCUCAAAGCUCUCCAGAUGCUCGGAUUCGACGGAAAACAGAUCUCCGAGGUGUUCCGUCUUCUAGCAGGUCUUCUACUUCUCGGCAAUGUUCACUUCGAGAAUGGAGAGUCGUCGUCGGCAGUGUCCCCUGAAUCCGCUCAGGAAAUCUCGAGAUUGUGUAGAGAGAUGUGGGAGAUUAGCGAAGGAGAUUUGAGAGUUUGGCUGACGAGACGAGAGAUUCGAGCGGUUAAUGAAGUCGUGACGAAGCCGUUGACGAAGAAUGAAGCUGUGAGAUCCAGGGAUGCUCUCACGAAGAUGUUAUACGCGCAUCUAUUUGGAUGGCUCGUUGAGAAGAUAAAUGAGGCGUUGAAUGACAAGGAAAAGGCGCCAUCGCCAAGUAAAAAGCGCUCCGAUCGCUUUAUCGGCGUCCUAGAUAUCUAUGGAUUCGAGACGUUUGAUAUCAACUCAUUCGAACAAUUCUCCAUUAAUUACGCCAACGAGAAACUUCAACAACAAUUCAAUCAACACGUAGAGAAGAAUCGGGAUUCUAUUGGAGAGAAACUUCUGGAUGUAAUGGUGGCGGCAAAUAUCCAGACGAUGAGAACUGUUAUUGGACCGGCUGCCGUGUCUUCAGGAGCCAAGUCUAUCCCAAUAACGUUCUCCUCGUCCCAAAACCCUUCCACAUCAUUCAUCAUGAUGAUCAUCAUGACAUUCUUCGUGAGUCCAGUGUGCGCAUCCGAUCCAUACGUCUACAUCAAGAAUCUCGGCGAGUUAGAAAAACUCUGUCUGAUGUUGCUCAUAUUCGGUGCUCUUGGUUGGUUAAGUUUAACUAACUACGUAUUCUGCAUCGAAGAAGAAAUCAUACCGAGAAAUCGAGCUCGUGUCCGUGGAAACGAAUCGAUUGAGAUGUCGACGAUUAGUGCAUUAUUGCUGGGAAUGAUAGUCAUUUUCGGGGCAGUCUGUGCUACUGCUGGACGAGUAGAAAUAUUCUCAAUUUCAAUUAUUCUGGUGCUUUUCUAUCUAUUCACUUUUUUGGUAUCACUCGCAAAUGAUGAAGAUCAGCACGGACUUCAACGAGAUCAUUCUGGGGUCCUAGGAAUCCUGAACACUGUUUCAAAGAAUACGAAGCCGUAUCUUCUCUCUACUGUAUUCUCAACCGCUUUACUUGCUUUCUGUUCCGAACACAUCAUCGAACCGUAUCAGUCUAUUUUCGGGGCAAUGGGCCUCAUUCUUCUCCUUUUUUCACAAAUCUUCCUUCUACAUACAGCGUACAAAUCGUCGAGAAGGGCAAUCGAUUAA